AUGUCUUCCAGGAAUUUGACAUUUGGAGUGAUUUUCUUAGUACAGACUACAGUUGGCAUCCUGGGGAAUUUCUAUCUUCUUUACCAUAAUGUCUUCCUGUACUUCAGUGGAUUCAGCUCAAGGUCCACAGACUUAAUUCUCAGACACCUGACUGUAGCCAACUCCAUGGUCAGUCUCGCUAAAGGAAUCCCCCAAACUAUGGCGGCUUUUGGACUGAAAGAUUUCCUCAAUGAUUUUGGGUGCAAAUCUCUUUUCUAUGUUCACAGAGUGGGCAGGGGUGUGUCCAUUGGCAGCACCUGCCUGUUGAGCAUCUUCCAGGCCAUCACCAUCAGCCCCAGUAACUCCAGGUGGACAGAGCUGAAGGUGAAAGCUACCAGAUACUUGGGCUUCUCCCUUUUCCUGUGCUGGCUCUUGCACAUGCUGGUAAAUAUUAUUUUCCCUAUUUAUUUGACUAGCAAUUGGGACAAUAAAACCAUCAUAAACCAAAAAGACUUUGGAUAUUGCUCUUCUGUUCGUCAUGAUAAAACCGCAGACUCUCUGUACGCAUUCUUGUUGUCCUUCCCCGACGCUGUGUCUUUGGUGCUCAUGCUCUGGGCCAGCGGCACCAUUGUUUUCAUCCUACACAGACACAAGCAGAGGCUCCGACACAUUCACAGGAGCAACGUUUCCCCCAGAUCCUCCCCUGAGACCAGAGCCACACACACCAUCCUCGUGCUGGUGAGCACCUUUGUAUCUUUUUACACUCUCUCCAUCAUCUUUCAAGUUUUUUUGUCUUCUUUAUUUCACCCCAGUUGGUGGGUGGUGCACACAGCAGCAUUAACUACUGCAGGUUACCCUACUAUCAGCCCAUUUGUUCUCAUCAACCGUGACCCCAAUUUCACCAGGUUCUGCUUUGCUGGGAUACGGAAGACAAAAUCCCCUCAUCUGAUCAGAGACACCUAG